AUGAGAUAUGGCGUUUUACCUUACAUAGGAGUGCUCGUGCUCAGCGGCUGCUUCUGCGUUUCUACGUUGCGUAAGGUAGGUGGAGACUACAUAGACCAUUCGCUCAAUGGAGAUACCUCUGCCAUGCCAAGAAGCAACCUGGUCUCCAGGAUUAGAGACACCAAGGAAAGGAACUGUUCGCUGGUUUCAUGCAUAGGCGCCAGCAGCUGGCCACAACGCAAAGCGUUGCAUGAUGCCUUCGGUAUAGACGCGGCGAAAUCUGCCGCCUUGGGAGGGCCUUUGAGGCCGCGGGCCGACCUCUGGGAGUUGAAGCAGCCCGACCGCUGCACCCUCGUUGUCGACGUGGACAUACCUGCCGCCACCAACGAUUUGGGUAGAGGUUUGGACAGGCAGCCGUUGCUGCGCUUGUGUCAGCGAUCAGGUGCCGUUGUGGUGCACCUGAAUCGUUCGGACAUCCGGCGUGGCGGUAAGUCAUUCCACCUCUCCCGAGCUGCGAGGACGUUGCUGAAGGACCUGUCCAAACUAGUGGACACUAAGCGAGGUCCGACUGUCUACAUAUUUAUACCAGAUCUAGACACCAUAAAACCAGGUUCUUCUGCGGAGGAUGUUUCGGCUUACGAGCAAUUCAAAGUUCACCUGUCAGACAUUGUACACAAGAGCCCCAAGUUUAUUUUCAAGUCAUGCGGUGAGGAGGAGAGCGUAUAUAGGUCUAUUAGCCAGUCGGAAACACCUUGCAACCCUAGUGGUAGGUCUACCAGUACCCGUAAAAUAGGCACAACAGACAUCGCAACGGCUAUUUCGAUGGUUCAGGGAGCCAACGAGAUCGCUACUACACUGGCCCAAAUACAUGAAGCUUGCUUCGCAUCGCAUCAUACAUACGUCAAGGAUAGAUUAGGGGAACUGUACAAGGGGACACCAAAAUCAAAUUUGACCUCAAUAAUGCAGUCUAGCAUGAUUGACGCGAUUCUAUCGUUUUUCCUCCGGACACGCAAUAUGACCCACGACGAUAUUGUGUCACGUUACGUGGACCAGGAAUACAAGCGCCUGUCUCUUUUCGCCAACGACGCGUAUCUGAGAAUCGUUCUUAUGGCCGCCUCAUCGGCGAAAGAGCAGUUGAGGAAUGAGCUUGGAAAAGAUCCCAAGCAGGACGCAGAGGCCCUUGUUAACAGAAUUAUCGCAGAUCAUGACCGAAAGAUUGCAGAUGCGAUGGCAUCCCUAUCGAAUAAGAUGCCCCUGCCCACGUGGGUGGAAGAAACUAUAGGUGAUGCGCGAGACCAGUUACGGGAAAAGCUCGAAGCCAUAGUCUCCGUGCACACCGGUUUGCCGAAACCGACCAUGAACCAUGCCAAGAGGAAAAAGAAGCGCGGCAUGAACUUUACGCUCGGACUCUCUUGUAUGCUGCGUGAACACGGCUACGGCAAUAGACAGGGAUACAUCAACUACCAAUUGGGCCCCUUGCUUCUGACCGUGGGGUACGCAAACGACCGUGAUGUCGCCGAGGCGAAACCGGGCACGGGGAUUUUAACCCCCGCUUUCAGGCUGCAGCCACGUUUGCACGUAAACAUUAAGCUGUAA